UGCCAGCGCCGCUCACCCCGCUCCUGCCAGGGCUCCGCCGCGCCGCACCACCAACAUGCCCGCCGUCGACAAGCUCCUCCUGGAAGAGGCUCUGCAGGACAGUCCGCAGACUCGUUCUUUGCUCAGUGUCUUUGAAGAAGAUGCAGGAACCCUUACUGAAUACACAAAUCAGUUGCUUCAGGCAAUGCAACGAGUCUAUGGUGCCCAGAAUGAAAUGUGUCUUGCCACACAGCAGCUUUCAAAGCAGCUCCUUGCCUAUGAAAAGCAGCAUUUUGCCUUAGGUAAAGGAGAUGAAGAAGUGAUAUCCACCCUCCAUUAUUUUUCAAAAGUUGUGGAUGAGCUCAAUAUUCUUCAUUCUGAACUGGCAAAACAACUUGCAGAUACAAUGGUUCUCCCAAUAAUACAAUUUAGAGAAAAGGACCUCACAGAAGUAAGCACACUGAAGGAUCUCUUUGGCCUUGCUAGCAAUGAACAUGACGUGUCCAUGGCAAAGUAUAGCAGAUUACCGAAAAGGAAAGAAAAUGAAAAGCUUAAGGCAGAAGUGGCAAAAGAAGUGGCAAAUGCCAGAAGAAAGCAGCACCUUUCAUCCUUGCAAUAUUACUGUGCCCUGAAUGCUCUGCAGUACAGGAAGAGAGUGGCAAUGAUGGAACCUAUGCUAGGAUAUACACGAGGACAGAUCAACUUCUUUAAGAAAGGAGCAGAGAUGUUUUCCAAACGAAUGGACAGCUUUUUGUCAUCUGUUUCAGACAUGGUUCAGAGCAUACAGGGAGAGCUGGAUGCCGAAGCUGAAAAAAUGAGAAUUUCCCAGCAGGACUUAAUUGCAGUUAAUGAAUCUGUUUACACCCCAGAUUCUGAUGUAACUUCACCUGCCAUCAAUAGAAAUCUCAUCCAGAAGGCUGGCUACCUUAAUCUUAGAAAUAAAACAGGUCUGGUGACUACAACUUGGGAAAGACUCUAUUUCUUCACUCAAGGUGGCAACUUGAUGUGUCAGCCAAGGGGAGCAGUAGCUGGAGGAUUGAUUCAGGACCUGGAUAACUGCUCUGUUAUGGCUGUGGACUGUGAAGACAGAAGAUACUGCUUUCAGAUCACUACUCCUACAGGCAAAGCGGGUAUAACUCUUCAAGCAGAAAGCAAGAAAGAAUAUGAGGAGUGGAUAUGUGCUAUCAACAACAUCUCCAGACAGAUCUAUCUCACUGACAAUCCAGAGGCAGCUGCAAUCAAAUUAAAUCAGACAGCCCUGCAAGCAGUGACUCCCAUUACUAGCUUAGGGAAAAAACACGAAGUUCAGCAUCCCAGCCAGACUGUGAAGAAUAUGGAAAAUGACAAAAUAAUUCCCAGUGAAUCAGCUGGCAUUCAAGACUCCACACAACUCAUUGCUCCUGGAACACCAAUCCAAUUUGACAUCGUACUGCCUGCCAUGGAAUUUCUGGACCAAAACAGAGGUGGCAGGCGUGCAAAUCCAUUUGGGGAAUCUGAACACAGCAGCAAAGAUGAGGAGGAAGAUUCCCUGCUGCAGCAGAUGUUCGUGGUUCGGUUUUUAGGGUCCAUGGCUGUUCAGUCCGAUGAGACGUGCGAGGUGAUUUAUGAAGCCAUGAGACAAGUGUUGGCCGCUCGGGCCAUUCACAACAUCUUCCGCAUGACUGAAUCCCAUCUCAUGGUCACCAGCAAGAACCUGAGGUUAAUAGAUCCUCAAACCCAAGUUACACGAGCAAGUUUUGAACUCACCACUGUGACACAGUUUGCUGCCCAUCAGGAGAACAGGAGACUGAUUGGCUUUGUGAUCCACCUCAGUGAGACUCUGGGAGAAGACUCCAUGAGCGCAUAUGUUUUUGAGAGCAACACAGAAGGGGAAAAGAUUUGCUAUGCCAUUAGCUUGGGAAAAGAAAUUAUUGAGGCACAGAGGGAUCCAGAAGCAUUAGCUCAGCUAAUGAAGUCUGUGCCAUUAACAAGUGAUGGGAAGUUCAUACUUCUGAAUGAUGUGUCAGAAGAAGAUGGAACCAUGCAUGAAGGAGGGGAGGAAUCAGAAGCAUAAGCAGCUCCUGUCACUUCCUGCAGCCUGUGGGAGCAGCAUAAGCAGGGAGUCUUCUUACAAGAAUCUCUGGUUGUCGGUCACCUGUGCACACCUGAGGCCAGCUGCCCUUUCCUGCUGGAGAGCAGUGGUGUCUUUGCAGCGGAGUCCCUUUGGAUUAACAGCCCAAGCACAGCAGGACUGUGCCCUCGAGGCACUUUGCGUUUGGGAAUGUGUAGGGUGGAGCUGUGUCUGCGGAGCUGACAAUCCCUAGGAGAGCCCCGUGCUGCUGGUGGGCAGGAGAGCACAGCUGUCAGCCACCGAGGGUUAAUGGCAUUUCUCACAUUUAUAGGGCCAGCAGCCUCUCAUUCCAUUGAAAUUUGCGUGAGCUUCCAGCUCUGCUAACAAAUAUCAAGCUUCAAAUUUCCUACCAUAGUCAAUUUUCAUAGUUUGCAUUAUGUGCAUCUGAAUGAAGGUUAAAAAUGCACUAUCUACUUUAUUUCAGAUGAAGUUACUUUUAGUCUAGUUUAUGUAUAAUGAGAUUUAGCUUUUGUGUUAGCGUAUUUACAAAACAAUUUGUUAAACACUAAAUUUUUCCUAUUAAUAUAAUCUAUUUUUAUAUUGCAUCUAGAAUAAGCUUACAAAACAAAUCUAAGUGCCUGCUCUUACCUUCCAUGGGACCACACUCUCACAUUCUGUAAUUAAAUAACGGGCAAAAUGUACCUCCUUGAUUUAUUAUCCUAAAUACCACUGAUAUGCAAACCUCAGAAGUAGGCAAUGAAUGUGGCAUGUUAGCUGUAUGCAGUUUUUUCUAUGGUUAGGUUUCUUGCCAGAGAUGGUAAUAGUAGGACAAAUAAGUACUUUUAUAGUAAGAAUUCUUUGUAUUUUUAACGUUGUGGUGACAUGCAACAGCUGAGUCUACCAGCAACCUUUGGUUUUAAGAAACUGAGCAAUAAAAUGUUAGAUUACAAGUCUACAAUGUAUUGACAAGUCUCACAGUACCUUCCUGAGAUUAGACACUAGAGAGAUUUGGCUAGUAAGUUUACAUUUCUUUUCUGUCCUGCAAACAUCAGCAACAUUACUUUGCAAGAAGAAACAAAACAGACAAAAUAAAAAGCUGUUGGGGGGAAGGUGGGGGGGUGUAACUUGUAGCACAGUUUAUAUUAAUCAGGAUAAGGUACCUAACUCUUCUCAGCCACCCAGAGACUAGAUUUUCCAUAAGCAGAAUCUGUGCAACAGUAUCUGAAAGACCCCAGAUUGGAAGUGUUGAUACGUAAUAAAUGUUAUUUAACUGGUUAUUAAAUUUUUAAAAGUACCGAGGAAGAAAACUGUAACUGACACAAAAACUUCUUCAUAAAUAAAAGCUGAAGCUUUCUUAUUAAAAAAA